GGAGGAUCACAUGAAUGUGUCAAAUGACAUUCGCGAACUGUUGUAUGCGGAGGACCAGCAGGAUCUGGAACGCCAGAGGAAGCGUAGAGCCCCUCCGGCGGCCUGUCCGCCUAUUAGUAUCACUAACGUCCUGCCACCUAAACCCUCAAGCUCGUACCCAGCAGUGCCGGCGACAGGGUCUGCGGAAUUGGUGGCAUCCAGACCAGUAACCCCUCUUCAAAUUCCAGAACCACUGGACACUGCCGUGGAGAGGUACACCAGCUGGCUGUGCUCACGGUUCCGCAGCGUUGCCAUCCAAUUAGAGUACCAGAAGGCUGGCAACUUAACAUUGGCGGAGCGUUUCGACCUGGAGUUAGUGUAUAAACAGUAAGAUGUUGAAUUUUAUAUUGAGAAUGGCAUUAAGAGGGGGGUGGUAAAGAGAUUUGUCCGUGAUAUUGCGUUUUGGUUUAAAUAGUACGGUGUAGUAUGAAAG